AUGGUUCCUUUCCCAGAUAAACACCAGUCGAGUGGAAAACCCCAGCUACGAGGACGCCAUAUUUCAAAAUGGUCGCGCCAGCGUACUGUCGGAGGGACUCCUACACAGCGUGGAACACAACGAUGAUGAACAGAGUGAGGAGGGCAACGUGGAAAAUGAAAUUUACGAAGGGGGUUUGCCUGACAACCCGUAUGAUGAACCCCUGGGUAGUCCUGACUCACAAAUGUCAGAACAGGUACCGGUGCAGCCACUUGAGAUCUCCGGUCCACAGAUUUCACGUUUCAGCAUCCCCAGAGAAGAUGUGUACAUUCCCAUUGGAGGACAACUUAGUACCGUGUCUUCACAUGUGCCGACACACCUGGACUUGCCUGUACCAGCGUAUAGGGACGCUCCGAACAGCAAUGGUUACCAGAGCUUGAACAGACCGUUAGUACAGACUGACCAAUCGCCAAGCUCGCCGAUUUAUGCUACGCCAGACGUCGGCCAUGUGUACACAUCUCUAAGUCCUCCGUUACAUAACCAUGGUUACACUGAACCGACAGUUCCUCCGUACUUGCUACCAGACAUUACCCAUAACCCGUCAUCACAGAACCACGGUUAUGAUGAACCAAACAUUGUUUCUCCGUACGCACUUCCUGACAUCUCUGCACAGUUUGGUGAUCCCAACCAGAGAUCAGACUACCAGACACCCAAACCACAGAACCAUUACGAAACCCUGGAAGAUCCGGAUGGAUCCAGUUUGAAUGGCAACACUCAAACCUCGCUUGACCAUCCCUACACAGUGUUGCAAGGACCUGACUCGCCAGUGUGUGCUGCUUCAAAUGCGGGGCCAACUUUCUCCCAAGCAGACAUAGCAUCACAUUCGAGUCAGUAAAAUGACUGCGCUUUGGCUGGACCAGAUAUUUAUGAACCAAUGCUAUUGGACUAAGCUUUGACAAAUAGAAAGAUCUAUUUUAUGAUGAAAGUACAAAGGCUAAUGGUGCCUUUUUUGUUACAUAGACAGAGAUGCAUUUAUCUAUGAGACAGCAUAAUGAUCUUGUCGAAUUCCAAAAUGAGAAACUGCCAGUACCUGACAAAUGUAAGAUUUGGACAAUAUUAUAUUCCCAACAUUCCAGAUAAGUGUAAUAGUACAGAAAGUUUAUUGUUCAUCUAUUUACAUUUCAUGCUGGUGCCACAUAUGUAGAGUGAUUGUUUCAAGGAAAGUUGAAAUCCUAUGACAUGUAACUCAUCAUAUAAGCUGAAAAGUUCUGUUAUUAGUUCAGAUGUUCUUCACUAGUCGUAAAAUAUGUAACCGUUAGUCGUAUAUUAUUAUGUUAUCAUGUUACAGUAUAUUUUUUCCGUAGAUAUGUUUUGGCAUGUUGUUUUGUUUCAAGUAAUGUCAAGCAUUUAUUCCGGAUCCAAUAGGCAUUAUGAGACAUAUAUAGAAGAUAUUUAAGUUAUCAAGUAUGUAAUGUUAUCUGUAUUUAUUUAACAUUAAGUUAACAGUUAUACAAUAUAUAUGUUACACUGUUGUAUUGUUACAGUUAUGUUUUGUUUGUCACUUGAGUAAACAUUUUGAGCAAUAAAUGCAGUUACACGGAUCAAUUGUUAA